AGAAGGCCAAACAAAAGCAUAUAGAAGAGAUUAUAAAGAAAGAAGUACAGACGGUAGUUAAAGGCCUCAAGAAGAAGAAAAUUUCACUAGCAUAUAUGCAGUAUAUUAACAACAGAGUACUAAUACCAAGGGUAGAGUACAGGGCACAACAACAUAUACUACCAAGAGAA